AUGGUCUCUUUCACCUCCCUCGUCACUGCUGCUAUUGCGGCCACUGGCGUUUUCGCUGCUCCCGCCACUGAUGUAGCCGCUCGUUCGCCUAGUGACCUUGUUGCCCGCCAGAGCACUCCCAACGCUGAGGGAACUCACAACGGCUGCUUCUACUCUUGGUGGACUGAUGGUGGCUCCCGCGUCACCUACACCAACGGUGCUGGCGGAAGCUACAGCGUCAACUGGGGAAGCGGUGGCAACUUCGUCGGUGGAAAGGGAUGGAACCCUGGAUCCGCCCGUACCAUCACCUACUCGGGCACCUACAACCCCAACGGCAACUCCUACCUUGCCAUCUACGGCUGGACUCGCAACCCGCUCGUUGAGUACUACGUCGUUGAGAACUUCGGAACUUACGACCCAUCUUCCCAAGCCUCGAACAAGGGUACUCUGACCGCUGACGGCUCUUCCUACAAGAUCGCCCAGUCGACCCGUACCAACCAGCCAUCCAUCGAUGGAACUAGGACCUUUCAGCAGUACUGGUCUGUUCGCCAGAACAAGCGUUCCAGCGGAUCUGUCAACAUGAAGACUCACUUUGACGCCUGGGCCAGCAAGGGCAUGACCCUUGGUAGUCACUACUACCAGAUCGUCGCCACUGAGGGUUACUUCUCCACCGGCUCCGCAUCUAUCACCGUCAACUGCCCGUAA